CAAUUCAUAUGCUGAGAUGAAGGUUUUAACAGUAGUGGUAACAUUGGUAGCAAUCUGUGCCCUGUCCGGGGGUCAGUUGUUGCCCAAUAUUGUAUUAAUUCUUACUGAUGAUCAGGAUGACGUCUUGGGCAGCGAGACUGGCAUUCCUAAGACAAAAGAGUUAAUUGGUAAACAAGGGAUGACGUUUAAUAAUAUGUUUGUUAGUAGUCCACUCUGUUGUCCAAGUCGGUCCAGUAUAUUUACAUCUAUGUAUGUCCACAAUCACAAAGGAGUCAACAACUCGAUUGAUGGAAACUGUAAUAGCCUUUCCUGGCAGCAAACUCGAGAACCUUAUGCGUUUCCUGUCCAUUUACAUGACCAAGGCUAUCAAACAUUCUUCGCUGGAAAAUAUCUGAAUACGUAUGCAGAUCCAGCAGUUGGUGGUGUGAAACAUGUUCCACUUGGAUGGGAUUGGUGGGUUGGCCUCGUAGGUAAUUCAAGAUACUAUAACUACCACCUAUCGGUAAAUGGUACCGACGAGGCCCAUGGUUCGGUAUAUGAAGACGAUUAUUUAACAGAUAUUAUAAAAAAAAGAGGAAUGGAAUUUUUGGAGCAACAGUCUAAUCGAAAUCCAUUCUUUAUGAUGUUAUCAACACCAUCCUGUCAUGAACCAUUUACACCAGCACCACAAUAUUCGUCUAAUUUUGGUGGCUAUGUUGCCCCCCGAAAUGGUAGUUACAACCAUCACGCCGGUCCGGAUAAGCAUUGGUUAAUCCGACAAGCUAUAACACCUAUACCAGAUGAUACAGCACAAACUAUAGAUGAAAUAUAUCGAGACAGAUUAAGAACAUUAUUGUCUGUGGAUGAUAUGGUAGAAGAUGUUUAUAAUAAAUUAAAUGAGAUGAGUUUAUUAGAUAAUACUUAUAUUAUAUUUACAUCAGAUAACGGUUAUCAUCUAGGUCAAUUUUCCAUGCCAUGGGACAAACGUCAACUAUAUGAAUUUGAUAUUAGAGUUCCAUUAAUGGUGAGAGGACCAGGAAUAACUCCAGGCAAGACUAGUGAUGUACCAGUAAUGAACAUAGAUUUAGGUCCAACCUUUCUAGAUAUCGCACAGACCUCCAUACCAAAUUAUAUGGACGGUAUAUCAUUUAAACCAACAUUAAUGUCCAAUUCCGACUCACAAACCGUAAGAGAGAACAUGCUCGUUGAACACUAUGGUGAACAUGUUGUAAAUAUUCCCAAUUGCCCACAACUUCAUAACCAAGGACUAUUUGUAUGCCAUAGCCAUUGUGAGUGCCAAGAUUCCUGGAACAAUACUUAUUCUUGUCUACGAGUAGUUAAGCCUGGAAUGAACUAUAAGUAUUGCGAGAUUGAAGACUUAGAGAAUUUUGUGGAAGUUUAUGACUUAGCUAAAGAUCCACAUGAAUUUGUAAACCUCAGAAAUUCAACAGAUCAACAGUUACUGACCACAUUUAAACAGGAACUUUACAAACUAGUUCAUUGUUCUGGGUCUGGGUGUGUUACUCCGCCGAUUAAAUAUUCUUAA